AUGACAACACGUGCCUACAAGAUACGUCCCAAGAAGGAGGCCGAAUUGGGCUCGCCUCCCAUGCUUGUUUUGUCCUUUGAGUUGACACAAAAGGAGUGUGCUCGCCUAUUUACAUGUAGGAGAAUAUACUCCAGAGGAUUUUUCUUGGGGGGCAAGGAAUUCUACCUAAUGGCCAUAUCCCAAAAACAUAACCGGAGCUCUAGCUCCUCGGAGAGCUUUGCACUUUAUCUCGGCAUGGUGAAGGACAUGCGGGUUACUGUCGAUUUUGAGGCAUUUUGGGGGAUGUCAGAUGAUUUGAAUUUCUCAAGUAAUGCCAAGGCCACACUCAAUUUUAAGGGCUUGGAUAAAGAGUUUUUAGGGUUUGACAACCUUUUUGGUAUCCCAUGGUCCUCACUCAUGGGAGAGGAGAGCCCCUACUUCUCAAAUGGGGUGGUACGCUUGACUGUGGUGCUUACGAUCAGGUCUUAG